GGGCCCUGAGUCUCUGCUCGCUCCGGGCACCAGCAACAAGUGGCCGCCGCGCCCUCCCCGGGGAAGCCGCGGGUGCUCAGGGGCGCCAGGAGGAGGCAGCGGAGCUCAGGAGCCCCGGCCACCCGCGCGGCUUAGAGCCCACCGCAGGGGGAUCGGGGUGGGCGGAUGGGGACCCGGCGGCGGCGACGCGGCGAGCCUCUGGGCGGCCCCGGGGCGCGGGCUCUCAGCUACGCUGCUCCCGCCGGCCCCGAACGCGGAUUCUAAGGGCGGCGGCUGCCCCCGGCCCCACCCGGCGCCGUCGGGGGUGCCAGCAGGGAACACAGCGACCCCUCCCACCGGCGUGCAGGGGUCGCCCCCGGCCGGAGUUCGGUGCCGGAUCGUGGGGUAUGCGCAGCUAACGAUCCCGUCGGGCGGGCUUUCCUCUGGCGGAGCGCACAGGCGGUGCGCCCCAGCUAUGGAGUGUCCGGGGAGACGGCGGGCAUGACGGCAGCAGGAUGGGCGCGAACAAUGGCAAACAGUACGGCAGUGAGGGCAAAGGCAGCUCAAGCAUCUCAUCCGACGUGAGUUCAAGUACAGAUCACACGCCAACCCAAGCCCAGAAGAAUGUGGCUACCAGUGAAGACUCCGACCUGAGCAUGCGCACACUGAGCACGCCCAGCCCAGCCCUGAUAUGUCCACCGAACCUGCCGGGGUUUCAGAAUGGAAGGGGCUCAUCCACCUCCUCGUCCUCCAUCACCGGGGAGACGGUGGCUAUGGUCCAUUCCCCGCCUCCGACCCGCCUCACCCACCCACUCAUCCGGCUGGCCUCCCGGCCGCAGAAGGAACAGGCCAGCAUCGAGCGGCUCCCGGACCACGCCAUGGUGCAGAUCUUCUCCUUCCUGCCCACCAACCAGCUGUGCCGCUGCGCCCGCGUGUGCCGCCGCUGGUACAACCUGGCCUGGGACCCGCGCCUCUGGAGGACUAUCCGCCUGACGGGCGAGACCAUCAACGUGGACCGCGCCCUCAAGGUGCUGACCCGCAGACUCUGUCAGGACACACCCAACGUCUGUCUCAUGCUGGAAACCGUAAGCGUCAGUGGCUGCAGGCGGCUCACGGACCGAGGUCUUUACACCAUCGCCCAGUGCUGCCCGGAGCUGAGGCGGCUGGAAGUCUCGGGCUGUUACAAUAUCUCCAACGAGGCGGUCUUCGACGUGGUGUCGCUCUGUCCCAACCUGGAGCACCUGGACGUGUCAGGCUGCUCCAAAGUGACCUGCAUCAGCUUGACCCGGGAGGCCUCCAUUAAACUGUCCCCCUUGCAUGGCAAACAGAUCUCCAUCCGCUACCUGGACAUGACAGACUGCUUCGUGCUGGAGGACGAGGGCCUGCACACCAUCGCGGCACAUUGCACGCAGCUGACCCACCUGUACCUGCGCCGCUGCGUCCGCCUGACCGAUGAGGGCCUCCGCUACCUGAUGAUCUACUGCACCUCCAUCAAGGAGCUCAGCGUCAGCGACUGCCGCUUCGUCAGCGACUUCGGCCUGCGAGAGAUCGCCAAGCUGGAGUCCCGCCUGCGGUACCUCAGCAUCGCCCAUUGUGGCCGAGUCACUGAUGUGGGCAUCCGCUACGUGGCCAAGUACUGCAGCAAGCUGCGCUACCUCAACGCGCGGGGCUGCGAGGGCAUCACGGACCACGGCGUGGAGUACCUCGCCAAGAACUGCGCCAAACUCAAGUCCCUGGACAUCGGCAAGUGCCCUUUGGUCUCCGACACGGGCCUUGAGUGCCUGGCCCUGAACUGCUUCAAUCUCAAGCGACUCAGCCUCAAGUCCUGCGAGAGCAUCACGGGCCAGGGCUUGCAGAUCGUGGCGGCCAACUGCUUCGACCUGCAGAUGCUCAACGUCCAGGACUGCGAGGUGUCCGUGGAGGCCCUGCGUUUUGUGAAACGCCACUGCAAGCGCUGCGUCAUUGAGCACACCAACCCUGCCUUCUUCUGAAGGGACAGCUUCCCGCCGCCGCUGUUUUCAUACAAACAUGAACCAAACAAAAUUUUUUUUUUUUUUUUAAGCAGCAUAUGUGUAAGCACCGACACCCACUCAUAACAGCUCUUUCUUCCAGGAAGGUUCUUAGGAAUCUGGCUUUUCUUAUACCUAAUUUCUCACAGGCAACAGAGGUCCAGGAAAGGAGGGUGGGGGGACAAAUUUCUACUAGGAGCUUUUUUUUUUCCUUUGCUUAAGUCAUUCAUGGGCAGUUUCUCUUCUCAAAAAGAUCUACCUGGGAAAGCUGAUUGCAGUGUCUUUAAAAACGCCUUUCUUUCUCUGUCUCUUUCCUCCUGGCCACAUCCCCAGGGACCUAUACCCUGAUCCCAUCCACCCACCAACCCCUCCCUCUCCAACGGCAACAGUACCUCAUCAGAAUAAUAAUUCUCUCCAGAUCUCCUUCUCUUUAAACUGCUUGAUUGGCCUAAACCACACUCUUCAAUCCCACACCUGACCAAAUUCUUGUUAAAUAAAUGUCACAGCACCUGGUAUAUACAAAGCUCUUCUAAAUCUUUUUAAAGAAUCACUUGUGGCAAGCAGCAUGGUGGAGUUAGAGGCCUGCAUCCUUCCCCUCCAGCUCUACCACUUAUCAGCUGUGGUGUGCUUGGGCAAAGCACUCAACCUCUCUGGGUGGCUGCCUCCAGCAUUGACUCAGAGGCCAUCCUCUAAUCUAACAAAGGAUUAGCUUCAUGCUUAUUUUAGAACUGAGGGAACAGAGAUGUCAAUAAACAGAAGCUCCUUAGCACAGAGCACAGGAGGCACCUACCUCUUUCAAGGGGAUUGUUUCUGUGGAUGCUUUCAAUAGAAGUGCCAACACCAGCAUCCUGUGUGUCUUUCACUCCUAUCUGAGCAUCAUUCCCAUCCUGUUUGUUUUGGUGCUCCAGUCUCUUGGCCAUCUUCUUCUGCCUCGCUCCAUAGAUGGUUUUUGUACCCAAAUGUUCUGGGCAUCACCCCCACUCCACACCAUCUUAUGGAGGCAGUGGAAUUCCUCAUCCCAGCAAAACCCACAUCCCCCCAGUCAAGUUGAUCUGAGUGCUUUCAAAUAGGAGGGAAGACCCUCACCAUUUUUAAUUAACAAGAGAGGCCCAAGAAAGCACACAUCCUCCAGGGCUUUUCUAAUCCUCUCAGUGCACAUGUGGUAUACAUGUUCACAUCUGCCCUGCAGCUGGCAGGAACAGAUGCCUCUGUUCUUUGUGAUUCAGGUCACAUUUCUACUUUUCUUAUCUAUUUACUGUGCAUUUAGAUUUCAUCACAUGAAGCCUGUUAGGGUUAAGUCCUAAAUGUUUAAUUGUGCAGAUUGCCACCUUGUGUACCUUCCCCUACAACAAUUUGCAGGUCCUCUAUCAAAAAGAUACAGAGCAGACUUCCAGGUUAUUGAAAGACUGUCCCCUUAAAAAUGCCACAUGAAUGGAAGAGGGAACACAUCAACAAGACUCAGGCGCUGGUCCACCAACCAGGUGCUUGGAAUAGAACAUUGAAGUCAUUGCCAAGUGUGAAUUUUAAGUGGUCCUAUUUGGAAAGAAAUCCAUUUGUUAGCCUCAUGCAUGUGAAGUCAGGAUGCCAGGAUAAAUUCCAUUGCUCGUUUUCUUGAAAUUGAAUUGCCUGUUGUUAAUACACCCCAUGACCUCUCUUAAAUUAUUCUCUGGCAACACCCCUCCUCCAGCCGUCCAAACAGUUCACCCACUUCUUUCUCAGAGGAUCCACCAUCGAAACCCAGAACUUUUGCACCUCCAAGCACAGUACGUGGGAUGGGAUGGCAAUCAAGCCUGCCCACCACUUGACAGCUGCACCCCCACUGUGGGCUCCCUGUGUGCCUUUGUCUUAAUGUUGGGAAGGAGGAGAUAGAGUGAGAUGGCAUAGUAUGAAAUAUGGCCUCCUCCCCAAGCAACAUCAUCCACAAAUUAGAGGUGCCAUCAGGGCUGUUUAUCAUGGGGAGAAAGGACUUGUUUGGCUGGGGAUUGUAUCUAGUGAGAGUCACAAGGUUUAGAACCUUAAAAAGAGUUGAAGGUAUAGCAUUUUCCUGUUCUGUGAGUUAUGACCCUGACUAAAGUCUCAGAAUUUGAGAGUCAAAAAGGAUUGUCCUUGACCCUUGAUAUUGGGGUUGGCCAAGGGAGCCAGUUCAGUAUUCUCAGAAUGAGAGGAAAGAUCUCAAAUGGCUCCCAGAACCAAAGAGGCAUCCAGUUCCAAACACCUUUUUUUACCACCACCUGAGCACAGCACCUAAACUGUCUUCCAAACAUGAGACGAAGCUGACUUGCACACCAUGGCCCAGCAUAUACUGUCUUUCCCAGUUUCUUCUUUUUUCCCAGUCUUCUCUUCAUCCAGUCUGCUCCCCCUUGUCAUAUGAGUGUAUGACAGAAGUUCCUGGGGAAACAGCUCAGCAGAUUUUGAGAGACCAAGCAAAAAGCCUCAACAGGAAGUUUAUCUGUUUUUGAACAUUGUUUCCUUCCUGCCUCUGCUAAAUUGAAUGCUCAUUUUUUUUUUUAAAUUCUAAUGUUCGAAUCACUGCGUGCUGUAUGACUCUAGAAAGCCUUAAUUUACUACCACCAAGAAAUAAAGCAAUAUGUUGGUAA